GCCACCGGAACAUGGAUCGCAUCAGGACACGUCGCGACCCCGCCCCGACCGGCUUGGCUCCAUCGCCACCAUGCACCCAAAGCGAGACGUGCAGGUGCAGCCUAUCCGAUCCACCCUUGAUGCAUCCUGUCAGCUGGGCCCCGCCGCUCAUCUAUAUAUACGCCCUCACGAGCUCUCCCAGUUUUCCCCCACAUGCACUUGGCACUUGCUGCAGCAGUCGCAGUACAAACGCACACCACCUCGACUCUCCUCUGUUUUCCGCUUGCUUGCCCUGUUUCUAGCUAGCCAGGACCUCUGCUCUCCGCUCACUCGCGUGCCCUACAGAGAUCGACAGCCAUGGUGGUGCUCGCCAACCCGCCUGUCGUCGACCAGAUCCCGUUCCUGCGGUCCCCGGGCCCCGGGGACUACUUCUCCGGCGUGCCGGUCGUCGACCUAUCCGGCCCCGGCGCCGCGCGGGCCACCGUUGACGCCUGCGAGCGCUUCGGGUUCUUUAAGGUCGUCAACCACGGCGUGCCCGUGGCCACCAUGGACAGGGCCGAGUCCGAGGCUGUCAGGUUCUUCGCGCAGGCGCAGGCCGACAAGGACCGCACCGGCCCGGCCUACCCGUUCGGCUACGGCAGCAAGCGGAUCGGGCUCAAUGGCGACAUGGGGUGGCUCGAGUACCUCCUCCUCGCCGUCGACUCCGCGUCGCUCUCCGACGCCUUCCCCGUCCCCUCGACCGUCGCGUUCCGGGGCGCGCUGAACGAGUACAUCACGGCGGUGCGGAAGGUAGCGGUGCGGGUGCUGGAGGCGAUGGCGGAGGGGCUGGGCAUUGCGCCCUCGGACGCGCUGAGUGCGAUGGUGACGGGGGCAGGGAGCGACCAGGUGUUCCGUGUGAACCACUACCCACCGUGCCCCGCGCUGCAGGGCCUCGGCUGCUGCGCCACCGGCUUCGGCGAGCACACGGACCCGCAACUCAUCUCCGUGCUCCGCUCCAACGGCACGUCCGGCCUGCAGAUCGCGCUCCGCGACGGCGGCCAGUGGGUGUCCGUGCCCUCCGACCGCGACGCCUUCUUCGUCAACGUUGGCGACUCGUUGCAGGUGCUGACCAACGGGAGGUUCAGGAGCGUGAAGCACAGGGUGGUGGCCAACAGCCUCAAGUCUAGGGUUUCCUUCAUCUACUUCGGAGGGCCGCCGCUGGGGCAGAGGAUUGCACCGCUGCCGCAGCUGCUGGGGGAGGGCGAGCAGAGCCUGUACAAGGAGUUCACAUGGAGCGAGUACAAGAAGGCUGCGUACAAAUCAAGGCUCGGCGACAACAGGCUGGCCCAGUUUGAGAAGUAGCAGCAGAGCGGGGCGGGCCGGUCAAGCACCAACUUUACAAGACAGCCAGGCACAGCCAGGCAGCGAGUAUAUGCUAGUAGAUCGCACCGUGAAGAUGAACCGGAGGAGAGGAAGUUACUCGUAAGAAAUGACGGAGAAGAGGAAGAUAAAGAUGCAAUGAAGAUGUGUACAGCUAGGGAGUCUAGCUAGAUCUUUUGUGGUGGUGUGCAGGGUUUCCGUAAGUUGCUAACGAUCGAUCUGUCUGUUUGGUGGGGGCUCCUUGCCUAUUUGGGAAUGAACGACCGCCGAUAGUUAGCGUUAACCAGAUGUAGCACAGCAAAGGGAUCCUUUCGUCGUUAGCUUGUUCGAUUCUUCUUUUCUUCUGCUUCCAUCCUGCUUCUGAACAGUGUGUAAAGUGUAUUGUGGUGUAGUGGCUGCAGUGUGUGCGUAUGUGGAACUUCUGUUUGCCUCUUGUUUAACCUGCAAAUGCUGUACGACUCUCUCGCUUUCAGUCAAUGCAUUUCCUUGCGCACCUUUUUGCGGUUUGAAUGCGCUGAAGCUAGAGAUCACUGUUGGAAUUCAAUGGGCACCUUUAAAAGGCUUGGCCGGCUCCCUUCUUUGAA